AUGGCUGCAAGAAGCGAGGGCAACGGACCGCUCGACGAGGAGGAGCUUCGCGCCGCCGUCGAGGCCUCUGGCCUUUCGCCGACCCGCUGCUCCGCACUGGCCGCGCCUCUCUUCGCGGAGCUUUCUCUCUCGCCGCACCUGGGAAGCGUGUCCGACGUCUUCCAGGUCCUCGUGGUCAUCGAGGACGGGCUGCUCGGCCGUGCCGAGGCGGUGGACCUGAGUGAGCGCGUUCACCGCCUGCUUUCGGCCAACAGGGAGCGACGCGACGGCUGCGGCCGUCGGCGGCCAGCCGGCGGCACGACUGCCACGCAAGGUACUGCCUGCAGCCCAGCCGUGCAGCCCUCUGCGCUCGAGCGGCUGGCUUGGGCGCGAGAGCACAAGAGCGACGCGGACCGGUUCGAGCGCGACUAUGCGCACCAGCUCACGGCGGGCUCUCGGCUCGUCGGCCUGAGGCUGCAGCAGCGGCCCUUUAGCGCGCUGGGGUUCGCCUCGACAGUGUGGGACAGCUCCGUGGUCCUCUCCAAGGCCAUCGAGCGCUGGGCGGCGCGGGGAAGCGCCGGCCUCGCAGGCCUCCCGAGCAAGGCAGUGGUCGAGCUGGGGGCGGGGUGCGGCCUCGUCGGUCUCACCGCCGCCGCGCUGGGCACCGACCUCUUCUACCACGGCUGCCCCGCUUGGCUCGCCGUCGGCCGCAACCGCGGCGGGCUCGACGCGUUCCUCGCCGCGUCGCUUGGCUGGUCGUCUCGCCUCGCCGACCGCGCCACGGAGCUCGACCCGCUCUACCAGCUCGAAGACGUGGACCGCCCUCGCCGACUGAUCUUUGCGCUCUGCGGCCAGUCCAACAUGGCGGGCAGGGGAUCGCUGCUCGAGGCGGGCGUCGCCGCGCCGCCGCCCGACGCGCGCAUCAGCGCAUUCUCGCAGGAGGGCGGGGAAGAAGAGAGGUGGCGCGCGGGGGCCGGGCCUGGCCUCUCCUUCGCUCGCGAGCUGCUGCGGCGGGGCUUUGCGCAAGAGGUCGGUCUCGUGCCGUGCGCGUGUGGGGGUAGCGAGCUCUGCCACGCGGGGGAGACGCCUCGCCGACGGCUCUCAUUCACCGGGGCGUGGGAUGAGCUAGGCAGCGAGCUGGCGAGGUGGGAGGAGGGAGGCGAGUGGUGCGAGGCGGCGGCGGCCGUGAAGAGGGUGGCCGCGAGUCUGGGAGAGGGCGACACGCUCGCAGGCUUGCUCUGGCAUCAGGGCGAGUCGGAUUGCGGCGACGAGUCGCUCGCAACCUCGCCGGCGCUCGGCCGAUUGCGAGAGAGGCUCGGCUCGCCCACGCUUCCCGUGGUGCUCGGCGAGUUGGGCUAUUUCCUCGACCAGAGGGACGGCCGUUUCGCGCACGCGGCGACCGUCAACGCCGGGACCGUCGCGGCGCCAGAGCGGCUGCCUGCGGCGGCGUGCGUGAGCGCGCACGGCUUGGAGCACAAGGGCGACCGGCUUCACUUCAGCACCGCCUCGCAGCACGAGCUGGGGCGGAGGUACGCGCUCGCGUACUUGCGUUUGGUGCGUCCAAAGUCGGAGGCCGGAGAGAUCACCGCCGAGGCGCCGUUCGCAUUUCCAACGCACGCGCGCGGCGCCGAGGCAGCUGUCGCCCAGGCUAUCAUCGACUGAAGCAGCGCUCGGCGAGGUGGAUGGAUCGGGGGGAAGGGGCGAAAGGGUACCGUGCGGUAGAGGGUCAGCUCGGGGUGUGUGAGCCGGACCGCUUGGGGGCCGGACCCCCUCAAAGUCAUACCUCUGCGUUCUUGCACGUGGAGUGCGCGACGUAUCUCGUGUUCUCGUCUGUCGCCGUCCCAAACUGGCUCUCCCCAUUUUCCG